GGAUGUUGCUUGAAAUUCUCCUCGUAAUUCCAGGACUGUUUCAUCUUACUUCAGGCCAAGGUGAAAGGACGUCUUUACAGUCUGCAACCCCUGAUCCACUGGAAGAGUUAUUUGGCAUAGGACUUGACAAAAACAUUGAUCCAUGGUCCAGCAAUUUAAUCUUCGGAGACAUCAAACAAAACGAAUUUUCUAACUCCGUAGUCACCACUCCCCCACCACUCCCUAGUAACAACAACCAGGAAAGAUCCAGGCAAGAAUCGUUACCAUCAGGAUUAUCCUUCCUGAACGGAGGCGGAUCACUUCCGGGGUUUCCUGUGCUAGACACAAUUCCACCCGUUGAUCAGGCCAGCACUGGUGAAAAUGGAUUAUUUAACAUUCCACCUAUGCCUAAUUUCGAUCAACUUGGACUCGAAAAUGUUCUUGAUAAAUUUCUUCCCAUUGAUGGUUCUAUUAGACUUCCGCCUCCAUCCGAUAAUCCUAUUAUUCAUUCUAGGGAAAAUUCGCCAAUUCCCUCAAUUGACCAGCUUGGAAUUGAUGGUAAUGGACUAUUUGGUGAAAGUCUAUUUUCUCCCAGUGCUGGAAGUUUAUCAAACACACCAGCGACUUCAUCUGGAUCAAUUAACAAUCUUUUAACUAACAACAAUAACAACAACAACCAAAUGGGUUUAGUUGACAUUCCAUCGGAAAGCACUUCAUUAAAUCAAGGUAACUUGGGACAGAAUUUGGCUUCCUCGCCAUCCGAAAGGAGUACAGAACAAAAAGCGAUCGAUCAAAGGAUCUGGGAUGGAAUAUUACCACCUCUACCAAAAGAUCCAGUAGAGAUAUUCCCUACCAACAAGCCAACUCCAAAACCCAAAACUAGCGAGAAGAAUCCAAAGAAGAAAAAGUUUUUAUUACCUCUUCUGCCGCCAUCACCAACUAGAAAAUCUACAAAGAACAAAGCCAAACAAAUUUCAAGUGACCGUUUAUUGGAUACUAUUCCUAGAGUCAAUCAAUUAAUUACAACUACUACAUCAAGGCCAAUAAACAUUAAUAACAAAAAUCUGUUGGAAAAUAUUCCUUCAAUCGAUCAGCUAGGAAUUAUUGGCAGCAGUAGCCCAACUAAGAACACAAUGUUGUCUGAUAAUAAUCAAAAGACUCAAGAUAAGGUUACAGAACAGACAUCAAUCAUUGGAGACAUUUUUCAAUUUCCUGAUCAAUUUAAUGGAGGUAACCGACAAUCCUCAUCUUUAACCAAAGAUAAACCUAAAGACUCAAUGCGCCCUUCUCAAACACAAGCAAGUGAUUCAUUUUCUACAGACUCGGAGAAAAAUGCUACCACUUUAGAAGAAAUCUGGAAAAAUAUAUUGAUUGAAAUACCUGAGUUGGGAAAACUUACUGGAGAAGAAGCUCCAAAAGAGAGGCCUAAAAGCAUUGAUGAACUUCUAGGAUUUUCGGUACAUGAUAUUGAGUCAUUCAAUGCUAAUCAAACCAAUACAUUGCAACCGGACAAAACCAAACCUAAGGUGAUUCCACAAAAUACAACCCCCAAACCUUUUCUUCCUGUCAUUUUACGUACCACAUCUCCAACGGUCUAUGUACCACCAACCACGCUAUCCCCCAGGAUUUUCAUAACUCCAUCAAUAACACCACUCCCACCCCUGAAGGUAAAUAUCCCACUUACCACUACUUUAUCAGCAACUCCACCACCGCUUCCACCACUAAAUGUGUAUACACCACCUACCACACUUCCGCCACCACAACCACCAACGACAUCGACGCCAGAACCACCGAUUACCACGGAAAAGGACAUUUAUUCACUACCUACAAACCCAACAAUGCCGCCAAAAGUCUAUGUCCCGCCUACAUUGGCUUCACCAGAAAAAAUAGCUACGCCACAGAAACAUAUAACAAUUGACUUUAAAAAGAAGGACCAGAAUACGUUUGAAUCGCCUGGUUCUAAUAUCAAAGAUGAAGGUGCACCGCCUCCCCUGUCUGGCGAAUUACUUCCUACAUUAGACCUUCCUCAAUUUACCGAUUUUUCUAAAACAGUAUCAACGACGAAGAAUCCUCCCUUAGAAUUGCCCUCUGAAUUAGCAUCAACGUUUACAACACCCUUUUCAAUAAAUAAUUUUGUUCCAACUAUUCCAGAUGAAAAAUUUAAACAACCUGAUAUCAUAGAUGUGGGAAUAUUUAAUAAUAACAACGAAAGGAAUCCGUUCACAGAAACCAUUUCUGAAGAACCCUGGCUUCCGCAAGUAAAACAAAACAUCCCUGGAAGUUCCACUGGUGAACAAGCAACGCAAAAACAAUCGCAAGUGUUUGGCUGGGAUGCUUUAUUUCCAGACAACCAGGAAACAGUGCUUGAAAAUCCUUCAAAUGAAAAACAAAAUCAAAGGACCGUCGAUAUCUUUUCAAAAACAAAGGAGAAAUUUCAGCAAGUUAAAUUUGCAGAUGGAAAAGAUACUACUAGUAAUUCGCAAUCAGUUAUUGAAUCGUAUUUACCAACCACAACAGAGGAAUCACCAUUGCCGGGACUAGAAAUGCUUUUGGGAAAAAAUGAAGUUAUGCCAACAACGACUAGCAUACCGGAAUUGCCACCGUUAAACUUUGAUUUGCUAGACAGUAUGACCAAAGAUGGUAUGAACCAAGAAGAAGCCAGGACAACUGUUAACGGAGAGCGAGGUAAAAUAAUAAUUAAGAAUCAGAAUAUCAAAGAUUUUCCUCCGCUUGAUAUUGACAUUUUGCAAGGAUUUCAAGACAUUAAGGAAACAGUUACUACUCCUCCCCCACCUAAUCCAACACUUCCUUCUCUUCCUUUCUUUGGGGAUCUAAACACAUUGAAUACAGAUAGACAAGAGCCGUGGGAUAUCACUUCGAGGGAUGAAACAUUUAAUAGUAGAGAUACGAGAUUAUUUAGUACCUUACCACCCGCUACUCCGAACGAAGACCCACUUCAACGUAAUAUUGAAUCUAAUCCACUACAUACAGUCCACGCUUCUGAAAACUCUAGAACAAAUUCAAGAUCACGAGAACGGACAAACGAACUUCCAUUCAUUGGACCUACCUCAGAGGCUUCGAAACAUUUCGAUUUUGAACCUCAUAAUGGUGGAAACAUUCGACCACAUCCCUUACCUUUAAGCCAUUCUACAACUCUAAGAACACCUAUUACUAAUGAAAAACCAACUAAACCAAAUAUUUUGGUAAUAGACAUUGUGAAUAAACCAUCAGACGAAAUAGACACUACUACAAGACAAAGUAGACCUGUUUUCCAAAAUGCAAACAAUUUAGCAAAUAUUCGUCAAGUUUCAAAUUUAAACAAUAAUGGAAUAAUUCCACAAGGAACUGGACAGACGCUUGAAACUAACCGUUUGAAUUCACAAGUCUUGCAGCAAGUUACACCAACACCACAAAGGGGGACUACUCCAGCUUGGUUGAUGUCGACACUUUUUGCAAUCAGAGCCCGUCUUAAUCAAUUGAGAGCUCUGAGGAACAACAGGCAAAACAACGGAAACAACAAUAGUCAGAAUCCAGUUAUAAAUAGACCCACAAAUCAGAACUCAAAUCAAAGACAUCCAGUUAUAAAUAGACUCACAAAUCAGAACACAAAUCAAAGACAGAUAUUUUCUUUGCCAUCUCAAUUAGAUUUAAACAAUCAAAGAAACAAUGGACAACUGAUCCAAAAUCAGCCUCAACUUCAAAAUGGAAAUUUGCGCAAUGUUAAUAUACAACGACCAGUAGCAAAUGGGGUUUUAUUUCAAGGGAAUCUCAACAAUUUACCAUUUUCAAAUAGAGGUUUAUCCCAGAGUCAACCUCUUGCAAACUUUCAAAAUAUGUUGUCUCGAAAUUCUCAACAGCAGAGGAGAACACCGCUUCAGAUUCCAAGUAUUCCAAAUCGAUCUAACCAACCAAAUUUACAAAUUAGACAGUCUGUCUUCCAGCCUUCUGUACAACAAACGCAGUCAUCUGGAAUACAAAACACACAAACGCAACAGAGCGGAGCCACAGAGGCAGAAACAGACCUCCUCCGAGAACGAAUCCGCCAACGCAUUCAGCAAGUUCUUCGAACACAGAUUCUUCGCCAACUACUGGCUCGCCGUUUACAAGCACUUCGAAGCCAAUCAAAUAAUAAUGCACAACAGUCUACAAAUCAGCCUAUUAGGCGGAUUCCAACAUCAACCAAUAACAUGAAUAUAAUGAAUGCCAACAAUGCCAUAAAUAUUAUACGUCAAGCCAGACAACGCGCGUUAGCAGCAUCGCAACAACAGCAGCAACAACAACAACAAUGGCCGAAUCAACAGUUUAAUAAUAUUUUCAGAAGAUUUUCAAAUAGGAAUUUACAAACUGUAGGGUUUGCGCCAAAUUCCUUUGGACGUCAGCAGACAGCACAGCCUUUAGAUCUUUCAAGACUUUUUCGAAACAACAGAGGGUUAAAUUUAAACAAUCGUUUCGGUCAGUCAAUCCAACAAAUGGUGUCAAACGAAACGAAUGGAAAUAGAAUGAACAGGGAUCAACGCCUUGACUUAUCACAACCACCCUCAGAGAGAGCUCUUCAGACAUUAAGAAAUUUUAAUCUUCAAAGAACACGUGGUGUUCAUCAAGGUACUACUUCUAAUGUUAGAACUAAUCAAAAUCUAGUUGUGGAAAGAAGAGCAAUUCCUAUUUCGGAGGCUUUUCAACUAACAGAACGUUUGCGUGCACAAAACAGAGACAUUGCACCAUUUAGGAACUUUAAUCCCAAUAAUAUUCCACAAUCUGUAAUGGAACGAUUAAGAAAUGGUUUACGUAGAUUUCAACCAGUGCAGAAUGUUCUUCACACACAAUUUAAUAGACAAAGAAUUAUAGUCCCAAUAAAUGGGCCACUUCUGGGCCAAAGAAACAAUUUCAAUGUUUCUCGAAGACCAAACCUAGGUCAAACCAGCCCCCCACCUCAAUUUAGCGGACCCCAAGAGGGCUGGCCGUGGGUGGCACAACAAAACAGUGAUAAAUGAUCAAGGUUUUUCGUGGCAAAACGAACAGCUUUAAAUCCUCCAAUGUGAUCUAAAAAAUGGACAGCUUCAAGGUCCCCUCAAGGUUUCAUUUGAUGCCGUCCAUCCUAUUGAAUACAAUUGUACAAGUCUCUCAAGUUGUCGCUUCAUGAUGAAAUCCAUAUUUACUGCAGUGGCGUACUCAAAGGGAAGUAAGCAAGAAAAAUGAAGCUCUCUCUGAGCCUAGGUCAUGUCCCAUCUAGGCAAAUGUUUCCCCAGCAAUUUAGGUCUGGGGAAUAAGUGUUCGAAACAGCGAAAUAGAACGCCACACGUUGGUGUUGUGAGAGUGUGUUUUAUUUUCAAUGCUUAUAAUAUUUUAGUUCAAGUUGUUAUAAACUUAAUACAUUGACACUUUUUCGGAUUUGUAUGCAUGGCGUGUAUUUACAUGUAAGUGAGAUAAAAAGGGCAAUGUAAUUACUGUAAAUAUUAGUGUUCUAAUUUAUAUUUUGAUGUAAUUUUUCUGUUUUCAAUUGAAUAAAAAACUCAAAUAAUA